GCUCGGAAAAGCCUGCGAAAUUUAUCGAGCACCUCAGAAAAGGCGUUGAAAAAUGAGAAAUCGCAGGAGAAUCAAGGAAAUGCACAGGGCAGUACAAAUCGCUCACCGUCAAGGAAUGCAGUGGUGACCGAGAAUUCUUGGCCAAACAGUGCUGAAAAUCCGACACCCCAUUUCUCAUCAGCUUCAUCAACGCUAUCACCAUCAUCGACAGCACCACUCUCGUUGCACCAGAUGGCGCUUCCUCCAGCAUAUCCUCACCAUUCAGACCUGAAUUCCUACAUCUACAGCAGUCACCAGUACUAUCAGCAGAUGCUGGAUAGCGGCGCUGCUGCUGCUGCCUACAAUAAUCCCUACAACAGCUAUCAGGCCGCAGCUGCAGCAAGUGCGUACGGUCAAAAUCAUCCAGCUUCCGCAUAUUCGGCACAUUCCUACUUUUUCGGUCCCCGAUAG